GUUAAGUGGGUGGAAAAGAAAGUAAAGUGCAUCAAAAGUGAUGCAUGCAAUUUUAUGAAUAUAUGUGUUCAUAUUUAAUUGGUUUGAAACCAGAACCUUCUAAAUAUCAGUAUAAAAACCAGAACCUUCCCCAUCUGCUCUUCCUCAUAACCCUCUCAGAGUUCUCCAUCCCCUCAAAUCCGUCCUUCGUUUCAGUCCAAAAACUUGUCCGCGUUUCAUUAGCAGAGAUGAACGAACCAAAGUAUGGUUAUCCCUACGCUGCUCAAGGUCAAGGAGGUUAUUACCAAGGCCCUCCAGUAAUGGCACCUCCACAGUAUGCUGCUCCACCACCCAGGAGAGAACCAGGAUUCCUUGAGGGAUGUCUUGCUGCUCUGUGUUGCUGCUGCCUUAUUGACGAGUGUUGCUGCGAUCCCUCCGUCCUCUUUUUCUUUUAGAAUAUAUAAUGUAUCCUUCAAUAAUUCCGCUCCUAUUGUAAUGUUUGAAGGUGAUCUUGUUGGAUCAUUUUAAUUUAUUUAGGUUUUAGGGUUGAUUUAUGUACAAGACUUCUAGUUGUUUCUAUUCUGCGCUGUAUGUGACAUAAUCUCUCACUCACGCUUAUCCAAAAUAGUUAUCUUCUUCAGA